AUGACCUCCCCGGACGACCUCAACCCCCCCAGCUACCUCCGCGGCUCCCCGCCCAGCAAUCUCUCCGACCCCUUCACCCCCUCCUCCUCCUCGCCUCCCCCGCGCCGCAAAUCCCGCUUCACCACCACCACCACCACCACCUCCACCUCCGCCCCAUACCUUCCCACCCGCAAACCCCACCGCGACCCGUUCUUCACCGGCACCGAGGUCUCCUCCCCCCCAGCAAGCUUAAUGCUCCCCCCACCAGCCGUGACAACCUAUGCCUACGCCCGCAGCUACUCCGCCUACUCCAACCAGCGCUCACCGCUACACUCACUCCGCCAGCAAGCCAAGCACCUCACCGAGCAGCUCCAGGUCCUCCUCGACGCACAGUCCACCGCCCUCAUGUCCGGCGGCACCUUCGCCCCCGCACCGCCGAAGCCCCCGCAGCGCAGCGGGCGGAAGGGGCAGGGGCAGGGGCAGGGGCCGCCGCCAAUGUCGCUCGGCGAGGCCCGCCACGGCAUAACACGGAGCAUGAAGGAGCUCGCGGACAUCAAGGACGUCGAAUCGGACAUCUACGCCUCGCAAGUCUCCGACCGGCAGAGCCUCAUCAAGACCGUAAACGCCUGGGGCACGAAAACGAAGCUUCUAGAAGCAGAGAUCCACAGCAUCGAGGACGGCGACGAGGGACGGCGCAUGGAGGCCCUCCGAACCGAGAAGGGCGAGCUCGAGGCCGAGAUCCAGCGGAUCCGAGUUCACCUCGCAAAGAUGGAAGACAAGUUGGCCGCAGUGUCCAUCCAGCUGUCUGAGGGCGAGUCGGUCGUCGGCGCAAAGACAUCGUCGUAUAAGGCGGCGCUGGCCUCGCUGAAGAGUAAGACCUCGGGCCUCCUGGCGUCGCACCGGUAUGCGACGCCGGCGACGGCCGUCGAGUCGUGGACACGGGAGUGCGAGGCGCUGACCGAGAAGCGUUCGCAGGCGGGUGCGGAGGGCGGCGCGCUGCGGGACGGCAUCGUCCUCUGGGAGGACACGCUGCAGCUUGUCGGCGGAUUCGAGGAGUCACUGCGCGCACACAUGGCGACCGCUGCCGGUGCUGGGAAGCGGGUCAACACGGCGGACGUCAAGGCGCGGAUCCUGCAGGACAUCGAGGAGACGAUUGGCAAGCUGGAAGAGAUCCUAGCCCUCGCGGAGGACAAGAACUGGAAGCUGCUGUGCUGCUGCGUGGGCGCGGAGCUGCAGGUAUUUCUCGAGGGGAGAGAGGUCAUGAAGAAGAGCAUGGAGGGCGACCGCAGCGCCAUCCCAAGCACAAAGAGCACCCUCUCAAGCACGGAAGCGUCCAAAGACUCCUCCGACGGCGGCGGCAGCCAGCACGACGAGCGCAGCAGCAGCGCGACAAUGACGCAGUCGCGCAGCUCCCUGCGGGGCGGGCUGGGCGGCUUCGGGCUGGGCGGCGGCGUGCGCAAGCUCGGUUCGUUGAGGAAGAGCUUGAGCCCGGCGCCGCCGGCGGUGAGGCUUAGUCUGCUGGAUCGCAGGAGUGAUGAUGGGCAGUCGCCGCAUGAGAAUGAUGGCGAUGAUGAGAGGGAUGAGAGUGUGGAUUUGUUGUUGAAGGUGGAUAGUGUGGGGGAUGGGGUGCAGGAUGGGAGAGAUUAUUCGCCGUUGGAUGAUUGA